UGGUUGUGCUGUGUUAUGCUAUGUUAUGUAUGUGGUCUCCUUGUCUUCUGUGUUCUGCAGGGGGUGGGUGAUGACCCCCACAAGGCCCUGGCCCUCCCCGUGGACGCCAGGCCCCCCAAGGAGAAGGAGGAAGACUCGCCCCCGCAGCUCACAGACCCCCAGGAGCUGGCCAUCAGGAUAGGUAGAGCCGGACUCCACCCAGAUAAGAUUGAAAACGGGGAGGUGUACCAGAGGAGGAGGGGUCCUCCCUCCGGCCCUGUCGAGGAGCAGGGCGGGGCUCGCGGUCCCCAGGAAGGGGCGGGGCGAACCGGAAGCAGCUGGAGACGCAUCGUACUGCUCAUCCUGGCCAUUACCAUCCACAACAUCCCCGAGGGGCUGGCGGUUGGCGUGGGAUUUGGCGCCGUUGGGAAGACCCCGUCCGCCACCUUUGAGAGCGCCAGGAACCUGGCCAUCGGGAUUGGCAUCCAGAAUUUCCCAGAAGGCCUUGCAGUGAGCUUGCCUCUCAGGGGUAGUGGGGUGUCCACAUGGCGAGCUUUCUGGUACGGCCAGCUGAGUGGGAUGGUGGAGCCGAUUGCCGGGUUAAUAGGCGCGGUUGCCGUAGUGAUGGCAGAGCCGUUGCUCCCGUACGCGCUAGCCUUCGCCGCAGGCGCCAUGGUCUACGUGGUCGUGGAUGACAUCAUCCCCGAGGCACAAGUCAGUGGAAAUGGGAAGCUGGCCUCCUGGACCUCCAUCUUGGGCUUCGUGGUGAUGAUGUCACUGGACGUGGGCCUGGGCUGAAUUUGGUCACCGCGGCAACCGCCCGGAAAAAAAAACAUAAAUCAAGGGACCAAGUUUUGACUUUUUUUUUUUUCAUUUUUCCAAAAUGUCUGUCUUUUUUUAAAAAUUUGUUUGUUUGUAAAUGGGGAAUAAUUGCCUUUAUCUAAUACAAUUUCUUAAAAAUACAAACCAAAAAAAAAACUGAAACGUAAGAAAAGAAAAGCUUGUACAAUUUUUAUUUUAUUUUUAUUUUUUAAUUGAUGCUGACCAGAUAAAGUACUGUAAUCAUACUUGAAAUGUAAUAUUGGUGUGAGUGACAUGAAAGAUGUUUGUUUUUUUUUUGCGAUGGCAUGUUCUGAAUGUGUGGGUGACUAAGAGUUCCUCUCCCAGCUUGGUUCUACCUUCCCUUUUCUGGCCAGUUUGACUCCCUUGCUACACUGUGACUGCAGCACGUUGCACAGGAAGUGCGCUGUGUGAGAGCUUCCUCUUCCUGUUGAGCCUGCAGAAUGGGAUCAUCGGAUUGGUGCAGCUCUGUGCGGGCAGUGCACCUGAAUCGCGAUGCCACCCCGUUAGAAUUUGAGCAGCCAAAGCUUAGAGAAUCUCUGCUCAAGUUCAGCUGCAAUUCUGUGUCCGCUGAAGCUGGAUCAUAUCUGGCAGCUAAGCUGCGUGUGUGUGUGUGUGUGUGUGUGUGUGCGUGCGUGUGUGUGUGUGUGUGAGAGAGAGAGAGGGAGAGUAGUUUUCUCUCUACUUGGCCCUGUUCUUCUGCGGUGGAUUGAUGGAGAGAGGGAGGAAUUGAAAGAGGCAAAGCAAAGGAUGAAGUGAGAGAGGGAGGGGUGAAGAGGGAGGGAGGGAUGGACAGACCCCAUCCUCCCUCACCGUGUUCACCCAUCAUCCCUCACUGUGUUUACCCUGUUUACCAUGACUGUGUUUACCUGCCUGUUCCUCACUUCUGUUCAUUCCCCAUGGGAUAUUCCAGUGCGUUCAGGUCCGUUUCUCUGGUCCGUAUGAAGGAAGUGGGGAGAUGUUGGUCCCUUUAUUUGUUCUCUCGCUUUUUAGAAUCUUACCUGCGUUCCGAUUAAAUUAAGAAAAUGAAGGGGGCGGUGUGAUUGAGGGCUUAAUGGGGGGUAAUAAAUGAUUGAGUUUUCUAA